GUGGUGUCAGUUUGUUUUCUGCUGACUGACAGACAGCGACGAUGGACCCGCUGGACGCGGUUCUGGAUGAGGUUGCUCUGGAGGGUUUGGACGGGAUCAGCAUUCAGACGCUCUGGUUGAGGCUUCGCACCCGUCAGCCCGAGUUCGGGUUGAGUCUGGAUCCGCUCAGUCAGCAGUUCAUCUGGAGCUGCUUGAUCCGAAGCGAGGAGAUCCGCUUCUACCUGCUGCCGGAGAGCCGGAGAACCGUCACCCUACACGACCGGUUUGUGGAGGUGGACCGGAACACGGGCAUCCACGAGAUGCGGCAGGCCGAGGCGCAGGACGUGUACCCGGUGUGUGUGCUGGCGGACGACCCGCGCGGCCUUCAGGGCUCCUGUGUGUUCUUCAGCGAGCGGCUCGACGUGUGUGAGCAGAUCCGCGCGCCGCUGACGCUGGAGGAGGUGCAGGCGCGCUGGGGCGAGCGGCUGGUGAUGGUGGCGUCUGCUGAGCUCCGCCACCGUGCGCUGAUCGGGCCCGAGGGAAACCCGGAGCUCAAGCUGCCGGAUCUGUGCUACUGUAUCCUGGAGAGACUGGGCCGAGCGCGCUGGCAGGGGGAGCUGCAGAGAGACCUGCACACUCGCAUCUUCAGGAUGGAUGCUGGUAAGAUGCACUAUCUGAGGAGGACUCUGGACAGGAACGGGCUGAUCACACUUCAGUCACACGUCGCUCGCCUGCCGUCAGGAGCUCAACAACACUCCCUGCUGCUGCUGCUCAGACGCUUCCACGUGGACCGGAGGAGCAAGUAUGAUAUCCUGAUGGAGUCGACGUCCAACAUCCUCUCUGAUCUCCCGGAUAGGACCGGCGUGAUGAUGAAGAUCCGAGAGCAGCUGCGUGUGUGCGAGCGCACCUUCAAGCGUGUGUAUCAGUACAUGACCGCCGCUAAGAUGGUGACGCUGGUGAGGAUCCCUCUGAAGGAGCUCGACCCCACCGGAGGCCCCUUCAAAACCCUGCGAGGCACUGACGUGUUCGUGCGCUGUCUGAAGCUGCUGAAGCCGUACGGGCAGAAGGAGGAGGAGGAGGACGACGAGAACAACGACGAAGAGGGAGAAGCGUCCGCCAAGAGGAACGUCCUCGCGGAGCCUCGCUUCAUCGAGCGCGACGUGCUCACUCAAGCCUACGACAUCGUGGUGUCGACCGGGACCAGGGGAAUCUCUCAGUCGGUCCUGAGAGCCAGACUCAACGUCGGGAAACUAGAGGGACGAAUGAUCUGUCGACUACUGGAGCGAAUCAAAAUGAUCAAGGGCUUCAUGGAGGACGAGGGGCGGCAGAGAACCACCAAGUACAUCAGCAAACUCUUCGUGGAGCAGAGCAAACUCAGCCUGCAGUUCACGAAGGAGCGGCAGCGUAGCCAACACCUGCGCGAGCCGGAGCCCGAAUCCGAACCGGAGCCCGAACCCGAGCCGGAUCCGCCCGCAGGCGUCCCUGAGGAGGACGAGGAGGGAGCGAAGGACACGCGGCAGAAGCUCAAACAGGCCAAGCUCAGCUUCAGCAAGAAGGCCACGCCCCUCAAAAAGAAGCCGUCUGCGCGAGGGGGCGGGGCUAAAGCCUCUCAGAAGACUGCAGUUGGACAGAACACAGAGGAAGCUGGCCACGCCCCCAGCACAAGCGCCAGCCAAUCACAGCACGCAGAGGAACCGCUGCCGGUGAUCGUGGAGGUGCUGACGGAGAAGACGAAGAAGGUGGAGAUUCACGAGACGUAUCGCCUGCUGAAGCGCAAGAACACGAUCAUCGAGGCCGUCCGCUGCAGCAAGAUCAUCGAGGGCUUCUACUCGCUGCAGAAGCUGCUGACGGAGGAGGAGAGGAAGGAUGGCGUGAGCACUAAAGUGUGUAAGAAGAGUGUGGUGAGGCUGAUCCGCUCGCUGUCUCGAGAGGGCUUACUCAAACUCUACAGGACCAUCGUCAUACAGGACGGAGUGCAGAAGAAGGUUGAGUUCGUGGUUCAUCCCUCUGUUACGCCUGACGAUCCGCUGCUCAAGAGUGCGAUAGAGCAGAUCCGCAUGCGCAUGUCCAGCUCGGCCUCUGCAGCUCGCGUUGAGUCUCAGGCAGAGAAAGUGAAGUCCAGCGCACAGGAGAAGAAGGAGAACAAAGCGUCACACACACGCCCGUCUCACAGCAGCGGCUCGAAGAAGGUGUCCGAGAAGAUGGGCGUCACAACACUCAAAUCCUUCAGACCCGUGCUCGGUACACACACACACACACACACACACACACACACACACACACAACUCAAAUCCUUCAGACCCGUGCUCGGUACACACACACACACACACACACUCACACACACACACACACACACACUCGCACACAACUCAAAUCCUUCAGACCUGUGCUCGGUACACACACACACACACACACACAACACUCAAAUCCUUCAGACCUGUGCUCGGUACACACACACACGCCCGUCUCACAGCAGCGGCUCGAAGAAGGUGUCCGAGAAGAUGGGCGUCACAACACUCAAAUCCUUCAGACCCGUGCUCGUUCCAGGGCUCGGGCGCUCGAUGGGGUUCCAGCCCAAGAUGCCUCGUCUGCGUAUCGUCCACUCCUUCCUGUGGUUCCUGAUCUACGGCCAUCCAAUCAGAAGAUCCAAUCCUGCCGACCCGCUUCCCGACCCGGAGACCGACCCGGAGACUGAGGGGUUCAGAGUGUUCGUGAAGGAGAACACCUGGAAGAGGUUCAUCCCCCCCAUCCCGCUGCAUAAAGACUUCGGGUUCGGAUGGGCCCUCAUCAGUGAUGUUCUGGUGUCGCUGCCACUCAGCGUGUUCAUGCAGGUCGUGCAGGUCAACUAUCAGGUUGCAGGUUUGGAGGAGUACCUGAAUGAUCCAGUGAAGAAACAUUAUCUGAUCAGAUUCCUCCCUGCUGAUAUAAAGAGACAUCUGCUGCACAGGAGGAAGUACAUCUUCAGUUUCCACGAGAGUCUCCAGAGGUUGUGUUUCAUGGGUUUGCUGCAGUUCGGGCCCACGGAGAAGUUCAUGGAUAAAGAUCAGGUGUUUGUGUUCCUGAAGACGAAGGCUAAAAUCGUGGACACGACGGUGUGCGACCCGCACUAUAACAUGGCCAUCGAGACGAUGCGUGCGUUUGAGCGGAGACACUACGUGUUCAGCAGCGCUCAGGACGUGGAGAACUACUGGUUCGACCUGCUGUGUGUGUGUCUCAACACACCUCUAGGAGUAAUCCGGCCGCGCCCUGGUGAUAAUGCUGAGGGGGCGGAGUCUGACGUCGCCAUGACAAUGGAGCGCAAUACCAGGCUGCUGUACACUCUACAGGGCAGUUGUGACGUGGUGGAUGAUGGGGUUACCCCCGGCGACGGGCAGGGCGCUGGCGGACUGGACUCCUGCUUUUUCAGCCACCUGAAACGCAACUGGACGUGGACCAGUCACCUGAUCAACCAAAACAAACAGAGCACUGAAGAUUCAGGAACACAUCACACCGUCAGACUGAGGAACCUGCUGUCCAAACACCCUCCGCCCAAACCGGCUACGCUCACUGGGGCGAAGGUGGCGCCCCCUGCUGUCCUGGAGGAGGAGGUGCGUCUGAGCUCGCAGCCGGCCAGCAGAAACCAGGAGGUGUGUGGAGGACGAAACCUCAAACGCAAGAGACCCAAGACAGACAGCAGCAAACCGGCACGCAAGAAGAAGAAAGUGCGAGCGAGCAGGCAGAGUCAGGCCCAGGACGAGACGGACCAGCGUGCUCUUCUACAGAUGACCAGGCAGAGAGUGGCGUGGACACACAUGGAGGACAGUCUCCUGAUGCUGUGCCGCGUCGCCAGCCACUUCCUCAACCGCAAGCUGAAGAGGCCGUUCGUGCCCUGGACAGUGGUUCGUGACGUGCUGCAUGCUGAGUUUGAGUUAUCGCUGGAUAAAACCUCUCUGUCUGUCAGCCGACGCUCACGCUACAUCAUGAAGAACCCGCAGACCUGCCUGAACUACAGGAUUUGUCUGGCUGAGAUGUAUCAGGAUAAAGAGCUGAUGGCCAAAUUCCUGAACCGAACUGACGACUACAACGAUGUGAAGGUGUGUGCUGAGGAGUAUAAGGAGUUUGUACGCUCUCUGAGGUUAAAGUUCAGCUCCAGCUACGGCUCCAGUGAUGUCAUCAUACCUGACACGCGAGACGAGCUCUUUCACAAGUUUAAGGUGUACACAAUCGACGAAUCACUUGAGCGCACUAUAGACAUCUUGAAGAGGAAGGAGGACAUUGAUGUUCUGGUGCUGUUUAAUUUAAUUCAGAGCACGCUAGUGCUCACAAACGCUCAGAUGAAGAACUACCGACCCUUCCAGACGUUCUGUCUGUACACGCGCUACAGCGAGGAGGUUUUGUCCCAGGCCUUCCAGACGUGUCGUAACCGGGCGCUAGUGAACCGGCGGCGGCCCAUCACCAAAGCCCACCUGAAGAAGUGCCACUCGCUGCCCUUCCUGCCCAUGUCCUACCAGCUGUCCCAGCACUACUACAGGUUCUUCACGUGGCGUUUCCCGAGCCUGGUCUUUAACGAGGCGUUCGAUCUGAUGACGGGCUUAUAUGAGGGCGACCGCAGUGACAGACCCAGCAGCUUCCACUUCCAGAAGGACCCCGAGGGCCCGGGGGCCGAGGAGCAGGAGCCCCACCCGCAGGGCAUGCUGCAGUUCCCAAUGGACGCUCCAGGGGGCGCCAGCGCCUGCUGCCUGACCCUCAUGACCCUGGGCCUGCUGACCCUGGACCUCAGCGUCCCGCAGCAGAUCGUGGUGGUGGACAGUUCGCUGGUGGACAACGAGGUGGUCAAGAGCCUCACGAAAGCGCUGGAGGAGGACGAGGAGGAGGACGAGAGGAAGAGGAGGCCGGAGGUCAAGCCCACACAGGCGUCUCACACCAACUACCUGCUGAUGAGGGGAUACUACGCUCCCGGGAUCCUGCGCUCGCAGAACACACUCAACUCCAACAGCACCGACAACAUCAUGGUCAACGCCUGCACCGUCCACCUGCAGCUGAGACGCACACCCCAACACACACUCUUCACUGCAGAGGAGGGUGCGCUCACACACACACACUCUUCACUGCAGAGGGUGCGCUCACACACACACACACACACACACACACACUCUUCACUGCAGAGGGUGCGCUCACACACACACACACCCCAACACACUCUUCACUGCAGAGGGUGCGCUCACACACACACACACACACACACCCCAACACACUCUUCACUGCAGAGGGUGCGCUCACACACACACACACACACACACACACACUCUUCACUGCAGAGGGUGCGCUCACACACACACACACACACACACACACUCUUCACUGCAGAGGGUGCGCUCACACACACACACACCCCAACACACUCUUCACUGCAGAGGGUGCGCUCACACACACACACACCCCAACACACUCUUCACUGCAGAGGGUGCGCUCACACACACACACACACACACACCCCAACACACUCUUCACUGCAGAGGGUGCGCUCACACACACACACACACACACUCUUCACUGCAGAGGCUGACGGUGUCUCAGCGCUGUCUCCGUCCGCUCCUCCGUCUCUCCCGCUGUGGUUCACGCGUGUGUAUCGCUCGGCAGCCGUCGAUCCGCAGACCUUCCUGGAGCGGUGUGUGAGCGCGCCGGGUUACGGAGCGCAGGACGUGCAGGCGGUGACGGAGAUCAGAGACGCCGUGGGGGAGGGGGCGGAGUUUGGCAUUGACAGACAGGACCUCCUUGAGCGCUUCAUACACCUGGAGCAACCCGAGAAGGGGCGGAGCCGAACUCUCCAGCAGUACAUACAGGAUCUGGUGGAUGGAGAGCAGCUGGUGGAGGUGGGCGCUCUCUCUCAGAGGCUGGUGUGUGCGGAGGCUUCGUCUCAUUGGCUGUUGAAGAGCGUGUGUGAUGGUGUGCAGAUGCAGCAGCCGUUCCUGAAGAGAGGCCCCGCCCAUGACUCCGCCCACACCACACCCCCACCUACCAAGAGACGGGCCCAGGAAUCUGAUUUCCAGGAAACUGUUGCCAUGGAAGGAGCCUCCACAAGCACAGCUGUCAAUCAAACGGUUGCCAUGGAUCCUGUCUCCACAACUACAGCUGUCAAUCAGAUGGUUGCCUCCACAACUACAGCUGUCAAUCAAACGGUUGCCAUGGAUCCUGUCUCCAUGAGCACAGCUGUCAAUCAUCCUGUUGCCAUGGAUCCUGUCUCCACAACUACAGCUGUCAAUCAGACGGUUGCCAUGGAUCCUGUCUCCACGGACCAGUCUGUAACUCUGGAGACUGAUGCUGAGCAGACGGAUGCUGUGGAGGAGGCGGCGGUUCGUAUGACAGAUGUAAAAGGGGUGGGGCUUAAUAAAGACUCCGCCCCCUCUCAGAUCAGAGAUGGUGCUGAAGGAGCUGCUGAUCCGGAUGAACACUGGGAGUCGGUGCGGUUCGUCAGCCGGCCGUGGCGUGUGGUGGACGGCUCGCUGAACCGGCCGGUGUGUAAGGGCAUGCUGGAGUCGCUGCUGCUGCACGUGAUGUCGAGCCCGGCGCUGCGCGAGUCUGUGCUGCUGCAGCACUACAGUCAGGUGUUGCAGCCCGUGGUCAUCCUGGACCUGCUGCAGCUGCUGAUUGAUCUCGGCUGCGUGAGGAAGCGCUUCACCGUCCAGCCGCCCAAACCGUCGCUCUUCUCGAAGCCCGGGGUGCCGCAGGUCAAAGGUCAGGCCGAGGUCAGCCUGAGGGAUGCUGGGAUGGCGUUCUACGAGCCCACGGUGGACUGUAUACUGAGGCUGGCGCGAGUCUUUCCUCACGAGCUCAACUGGAACAAAUGGGUUCAGCUGUGUCUCCGCGCCUGAGUGCUUC